UAAGAAGACACCUUGAUGUGGGUACAGGAAUAUUUAGUCAUGGCUGCGGAACCAAAAGGCUUGACGAAUGAGGAGGCAACUGCAUGCUGCGCAGAACCACAUGAAUCCACAAAGGAAUUCAUUAUGCAGCAAACAAUGUUUCGAAUUAAGGACCCAAAGCAAUCAUUGGACUUUUAUACUCGUGUUAUGGGAAUGCGCUUGCUAAAAAAAAUAGAUUUCCCCUCGAUGAAAUUCUCGCUUUACUUCUUUGGAUAUGAAUCCGCGGAAGAUAUACCUUCAGACGAAACGGAACGCACUUCAUGGUGCUUCUCAAGAAAGGCUACAGUAGAGCUUACACAUAACUGGGGAACCGAAUCCGAUCCAAACUUCACAGGAUAUCACAAUGGAAAUUCUGAACCAAAGGGCUUUGGCCACAUUGGAGUUAUGGUUCCUGAUGUGGACAAGGCAUGUGAAAGAUUCGAGUCCCUUGGGGUCAAGUUUGUGAAAAAGCCAAAUGAUGGAAAGAUGAAAGGACUUGCAUUCAUUCAAGAUCCAGAUGGGUACUGGAUUGAAAUUUUCAACUCUGGAACCAUUGCGACAUUGGUCUAACUUGUAUAUAUAGGUUUAAAGUUUUUGGCUUCCAAAUUGUAAUUAUAAAUAAUUGUUUUUGAAUGUAUUGUUUGUUAUCAUAAAUAUAAUCAUGAAAUUGGUAAUGUGUCAAUGAAUUGUCAUGAUUAAAAUUUGGGGCACUUUCUUUUUUAUCCAAAAGAAAUUAUCUAAAUUGUAACUUUAAAUACAAGGUUACUACUGUUAAAAGUUGUCUUUUUAACUUGUAUUGAACCUCUCUUUAUAUAUCAUAAUAAUGCUACUUGGGAUAAGUCUCUUGUCUUUCGGAACAAGCAGAAUUGCAUAUAUCUUCCCAUGGGGGAAGGAAGGAAGGAAGG